CACGAGGGGCGAACAAAGACUCAACGGAUCCCCAGGGAAACGCCCCAUUGGAAUUCCAUUCCAAGGCCCCCCUCUUGCUCGGCGUGCACGCUCGAGCAUUCGCCGUGACCGAUCGGUCUCCGAGAAUCAAUCUCCAGGGCGCCGGCUGGGCGGACGGCGGAUCCCUGCAACCCCCUUGUCUUUCACGCGGCGCUCGCAUGGGCUGCGCGGGGCCAGUUUUAAUGGACUGGGCUGCUGGAACGUGCUGUGCUGUCAGGUUGUUGUCGCGCUAAUGAGCGGGUUGGCGUCGCGCGUGCAAAACACGCGCCUCACUUAAAACCUCCAUCCCGCCAUCGACACACGCGUACCUCGUCCUUUGAUCCUCCACAUCUCACCUGCUUCGGCAUCACCAGUCUCUUCUUUUUUCUGCAAUCUCUUUGCAGUUGUGGCAGCUGCUCGUUCUCUCUUGGACACGCGCAGCACAAGAGCCUCCGCAUUGCAGUCUCUCCUCGUUGCCGUCUACACCUCCCUGCCGCCUCACACGGCCGACCGUGCCGCGUCGUCACCAUCAUGUUCGUUAGAAAGCGCGAUGGGCGCCAGGAGCGCGUUCAGUUCGACAAGAUCACUGCCCGCGUGUCCAGACUGUGUUAUGGCCUGGACACGGAGCACGUUGAUCCUGUUGCAAUCACCCAAAAGGUCAUCUCCGGCGUCUACGGCGGCGUGACCACAGUCCAGCUCGAUGACCUCGCUGCCGAGACGGCCGCCUACAUGACGGUCACACACCCCGACUACGCCAUCCUUGCGGCCCGUAUCGCCGUCUCCAACCUUCACAAGCAGACCAAGAAGCAAUGGUCUGCCGUCGUCAGUGAUCUGUAUCACUACGUCAACCCCCGCAACGACCGGGCAUCACCCAUGAUCUCGCAAGAGACGUACGAAUGUGUCAUGAGGCACAAGGAGGAGCUUGACUCCGCCAUCGUCUAUGACCGCGACUUCAACUACCAAUACUUUGGUUUCAAGACGCUUGAGCGAUCCUACCUGCUCAAGCUCAAUGGCAAGAUCGUUGAGCGUCCGCAGCACAUGAUCAUGCGCGUUGCUGUCGGCAUCUGGGGUGACAAUAUCGAGCGGGUCAUUGAGACAUACAACCUCAUGUCCAGCAAGCUCUUCACACACGCCUCACCAACACUCUUCAAUGCUGGCACACCCCAGGCCCAGCUCUCGUCCUGCUUCCUCGUCGACAUGAAGGAAGACAGCAUCGAGGGCAUCUAUGAUACCCUCAAGACCUGCGCCAUGAUCUCCAAGAUGGCUGGAGGUAUCGGCCUGAACGUGCACCGCAUCCGUGCGACCGGCUCCUACAUCGCCGGCACCAACGGCACCUCCAACGGUGUCAUUCCCAUGCUUCGCGUGUUCAACAACACGGCUAGGUACGUCGACCAGGGCGGCAACAAGCGCCCCGGAGCCUUCGCCAUCUACCUGGAGCCGUGGCACGCCGAUGUGUUCGAGUUCCUUGACCUGCGAAAGAACCACGGCAAGGAGGAGGUUCGUGCUCGUGACCUGUUCCUCGCUCUCUGGAUCCCCGACCUGUUCAUGAAGCGUGUCGAGAAGAACGGCGACUGGACACUUAUGUGCCCCAAUGAGUGCCCGGGCUUAGCCGACUGCUACGGUGAUGAGUUCGAGGCCUUGUACGAGAAGUACGAGCGUGAGGGCAAGGGACGCAAGACCAUCCGGGCACAAAAGCUGUGGUACUCUAUCCUGGAGGCACAGACGGAGACGGGUAACCCCUUCAUGCUGUACAAGGAUGCCUGCAACCGGAAGAGCAACCAGAAGAACCUGGGAACCAUCCGCAGCUCCAACUUGUGCACCGAGAUUGUGGAGUACUCGGCGCCCGAUGAGGUCGCCGUGUGCAACCUUGCCUCCCUCGCUCUGCCUGCCUUCGUUGACUACACGGAGGGUUGCUACGACUUCAAGAAGUUGCACGAGGUCACGCAGGUGGUCGUCCGCAACCUGAACCGCAUCAUCGACGUCAACUACUACCCAGUACAGGAGGCUCGUAACAGCAACAUGCGUCACAGGCCCAUUGGUCUGGGCGUUCAGGGUCUUGCGGAUGCCUUCCUGGCCCUGCGCCUGCCGUUCGAGUCCCCCGAGGCCCGGGAGCUGAACAAGCAGAUCUUUGAGACCAUCUACCACGCUGCUCUCACGGCUUCGGUCGAGCUGUCCAAGGAGCAGGGUCCCUACUCGACCUUCAAGGGCUCACCCGCGUCCGAAGGCAUUCUUCAGUUCGACAUGUGGAACGUGAAGCCUUCUGACCUGUGGGAGUGGGACAGCCUCAAGGAGCAGAUCAAGGAGCACGGUAUCCGCAACAGUCUACUGCUUGCCCCCAUGCCCACGGCCAGCACGUCGCAGAUUCUGGGCAACAAUGAGUGCUUCGAGCCGUACACGUCCAACAUUUACCAGCGCCGCGUCUUGGCUGGCGAGUUCCAGGUUGUCAACCCGUGGCUGCUCAAGGACCUUGUGGACAUGGGUCUGUGGUCUGACGCCAUGAAGAACCGCAUCAUUGCGGAGAAUGGCUCCAUCCAGAACAUCCCCAAUAUCCCGGCCGACAUCAAGGCCCUUUACAAGACGGUCUGGGAGAUUUCGCAGCGACAGGUUGUCCAGAUGGCAGCCGACCGUGGUGCCUUCAUCGACCAGUCUCAGUCCCUCAACAUCCACAUGAAGGACCCCACCAUGGGCAAGAUCACCAGCAUGCACUUCACCGGCUGGAAGCUGGGCCUGAAGACUGGCAUGUACUACCUGCGCACCCAGGCUGCUGCGGCGCCGAUUCAGUUCACGGUCGACCAGCAGGCUCUGAAGGUCGCGGAUACCAACGUGGGCAAGGAGAGGGUGCUGAAGAAGCGCACAGCUCCUGCCGGGACCAGCUACAUGUCUUCCCCGUCUGCGGUCCCCCGCGCCUCAUACCUGAAGGAGGAGGCGGGCAACUCGCUGAGCUCCAACGGCAUCCCGACGCCUAGCACGACGCCGCCGCCUGCGUUGGCAGCCGAGGCGAAGCCCCGGCCCGUUGCGUCGCCAAACAAGGCCCCAACCAUCAAGGCUGAUGUCGAUGACGGCGACAGCCCCCGAGUGCUGCCCACGGAUCCUUCUGACAAGAUCAACGACGAGGAACUGGCCGAGCCCGGCAAGAAGCCCGCUGGCGCUCAGUCCGAAGACAAGGACGAGGACAGCGAGGGGAGAGAGCGCGACAUCUAUUCCGAUGCCGUUCUUGCUUGCAGCAUUGAGAACCCUGAGGCCUGCGUCAUGUGCAGCGGCUAGAGGGUGUUGGGUUAAAUAGCUUUUGGGUCCGCGGGGCCGAAGGAUUAAUGACAGUUGACGAGACGAGCAUAACGGGCAUGGAUUGAGUGCAUAGUGGUAGUAGAGUGGAAGAGCUGACAUGCAGUUGCCCCAGCUGAAGCAUAGUCUGGGGUGCAGCAUUCAGCUGGGCAGUUGCUCCCUCGCAUGUAACGGUUAUCUUGUACACUUUUCUUUUACUUGGGAUUAUGGGUCGGUCUGCGGGUUCUGCAUUUUGCCACAUUGAACGAGUCUUUUCGAAGGAUUGCUAGCACAGUUUAUAGCAGACUGCUUGACGCGAGUCCCAUCUAUCAUGUCAAUCCACAAUAGUUUUACAUGACG